AGGGUGAUAUGUGAGCAAAAAGAAUCCAGCCAUGCAGUUGAAUGAUACUGGAGUUCAAACACUGGCUCCAGACCCAUGCGAGCAGCAAAUACUACAGGACAACAUCCUUGGGAACUCCAGCAGUGGUUCCCCCAGCAGCAACCUGUCGCUGUACUGCUGGCUGCAGCUCCUCACCAGGGAAUCUGUCAUGGAAUUACAAGGCGACAGCUCUAGCUUGGUGGUGCGUGUGAUGAUAGCAUGUGUCUACUCUAUAGUCUGUGCACUCGGGCUGGUCGGAAACUCUCUGGCUCUGUAUCUGUUGCACUCACGUUACAGGCAAAAGCAAUCAUCCAUCAACUGCUUUGUGAUGGGCCUGGCCAUCACAGACCUCCAGUUUGUUCUCACUUUACCUUUCUGGGCAGUGGACACAGCCCUGGACUUUCGCUGGCCAUUUGGUCGUGUGAUGUGCAAAAUAAUCAGUUCUGUCACCACCAUGAACAUGUAUGCCAGUGUGUUCUUCCUCACGGCUAUGAGUGUGGCACGCUAUUACUCCAUCUCCACUGCACUGAAGAUGCACAGCAGGCGGGCAGCAGCUGCCAGGGCCAAGUAUACGAGCCUGGGCAUCUGGGCUGUGUCUCUGCUGGCUACAUUGCCUCAUGCCAUCUACUCCACCAGUGCCCAGGUAUCAGAUGAGGAGUUAUGCCUUGUGCGCUUUCCUGACUCAGGCAGUUGGGAUCCGCAGCUUCUUCUGGGACUUUACCAGCUGCAGAAGGUUCUGCUUGGCUUCCUUGUCCCUCUGAUCAUAAUCACUGUCUGCUAUCUGCUGUUGUUGCGCUUGAUUCUCACCCGACGCAUAGCUGGUUCUGGGAGCACAGAGACUGAGCAGGGCCGGCAAAAUCGUCGCUCCAAAGUGACUAAAUCUAUCAUCAUCGUGGUUCUGUCCUUCUUCCUAUGCUGGCUUCCCAAUCAGGCGCUGACUCUGUGGGGUGUUCUCAUUAAGUUUGACAUAGUGCCCUUCAGUAAGGCUUUCUACAAUGUGCAGGCUUAUGCCUUCCCCCUGACUGUGUGUUUGGCGCACACCAACAGCUGCCUCAACCCGGUGCUCUACUGCCUGAUUCGCAGGGAGUUUCGAGCUGGUCUCAAGGACCUCCUCCUCAAGUCCACUCCAUCCUUCAGGAGCAUGACUCAUCUGCUGCGUCGCAAGGCCAAAGUGGCCGAGGCACCACCAGUUCUGGUGAUGGUCCAGAUGGAUGUUUGACCAGAUGACUUGAUAAAUGUGACAGAAAGUGAAUUGAUCUGGCACUAUGAAGAGGGAAUCUUGGAUCUGAUGAUACUUCAAAAAGUAGGCAUUGAUAGGGAGGUGGAGGGUGUACAUUAUAGCAGUAUGAAUGCACUGAAGAGAACAACAUAUUCAAAAAGACAACAGCAAGAUGAUAGGUUAAUGUGUUGCUGUGCUUUUGCUGUGACUAUUACUGCGAAAGAGUCUCUUUCCUGACUGAAGUUACUCUAGAGCCAGACUUUUUGAGGUGUUUGAGUUUUAUUCUGUAGUUUUACACCACUCCCAAAGAAUAGGAGAAUACACUCACUGCCACUUCAUUAGGUAAACCUGUCAACUGCUUCUACUAAUCACAUGGUGGGAAAUUCAUGCAGUUGUAGAUAUGGUCAUACAUAUGACCAAGUAUCAGAAUGGGGAAGAAAGAUGAUUUCAGUGGCUUUGGACAGGUUGUAUAUCAGCAACUGUUGAUCUAUGGGGGAUUUUUUAUAUACACCGUACAUGAAGUGAGCAACAAUUCCCUGGGUGAGAAUGAGAGUGGUCAAAGUGGCCCGAGAUGAAAGCAAGACAAAAGUAACCCAAACAAGCACUCAGCAGCACUAAGGUACUAUAGACAGACGACACACGUGUCCAUCAAACAUACCAUACUCUGAAGUAGAUGGACUACAGCAAUAACGAAACAAAUUAUGAUUCAGAAUUGACACAAAACAUGAUAAUGUGUGUCUUUAUCAUGCCACUCAUUCAUUCAGAAAAGCAUUUCUCAAAAGGGCAGUCCAAACGAUGUAAACAUCAGCUGCCCCUGCGCCGUUAAAUCACAAAGUUAUGUUAUGUAGGUCGUGAGAGCACAUAACUAAGUAAAAAAGAUGUGAUAAUGUGAUUAUGCUGUAAUUUAGGGCUGCAAUGACUAGAUUAUAAAUCGAUUACUAAAUUAAUCAGCAACUAUUUUUGAUAAUCAGCUAAUCAGUUUUAGUAUUGAGGGUUUCUUUGCUCCAAAGAAAUCAUUCAAAAUGACAACAAACCUUUUGGUUUGUGAACCACAACAUUUCUCAACAUGUUCUGAGAUUUAGUGAACCUAAAACGAUGAAUUAAGACCGUAAUCGACAGAUUAAUCGAUUAUGAAGAUAAUUGUUAAUUGCAGCCCUACUGUAACUAUUUUGUUGUCUCUGUGAAUACAAAUGACUGUGAUACUAUUAUGUUUUAUAUGGAACAUUUGUUAAUUUGAUGUUUCAAUAGAAACACAUAUGUACAGACUGGCACUGUAAAUGACAUAAAGUAAUGAUUACAUUAAAAACACUCUGCGUGAAACCAUUUGCAAUAAGUGGUCGAAGUCAGAACAAAAAAACAUGUGCAUUUGAUUUAUUAUUGGAUGCCUCAUGUAACUUGGAAACUUGGGUUAACAGUGGCAUAAAACAAUGGCCUCUGAUACUCGUUCUUCUGUUCUUUUUAUGUUAAUAAAUGUUUAUUCUGUGACAUUUCAACAGAUUCAAGGAUUCACAGGCUUAAUUGUCCUGUGCAAGAAAUAACAUGUUAUCUCGCAAUGAAAUUCUUUUUCUCCUA